UAUUAACGAAUUUUUGUUUUAACAACAAAUUUUGUGCUGGCGGAAGAGGUUAUGUACUAAACAAUCGAUAUCAAAUAUAAGAAGUAUUAUAAUAAUUAUAUCAAAAUGUAAUCUUAGAUCAUAUCAGAUCUAGGUAAACUUACAAAAUAUAUUAAGAUUCACUAGUUUUUCUACUAUUGUAAUAUAUAAGUAUUUUAAAUUUCCUAAUUAUAAGCAUUACUAAAAUGUCAUUUAAUAAAUACUCUACAAGUUACUGGUUACUUGUGCUCCUGCGAAUCAUUUUAGUAUUUAUCCCACAAUUAGGAUACAUACAUCCUGAUGAAUACUUUCAGUCUGUUGAAGUUAUAGCUGGCAAAACAUUUGAUGUACAGAAUAAUCCACCAUGGGAAUUUAACACAAAUAAGCCAAUUAGAAGUGCAACAAUAAUAUAUUUUACAAUUGGUCUCUCAUAUCAAGUACUAAAACUUUUUAAUUAUUUCUUAUCAAAUUAUUUCGAUUUGAAUAUGAUUACACCAUAUUGGUUAUUAGUUUUUCCAAGAUUAUUGAUAUGUCUCCUCUCUUUUCUUGUUGACUACUCCCUUUACAAGAUUUGCGUUAAUAAUAAUGAGAAAUAUAAAACUAAGCUUUUGGUAUUAGCAAGUUCAUAUGUCAUGAUUAUUUAUGGCACAAGGACGUUUUCCAAUACAAUAGAACUGAUUUUAUUGUCUAUCUUGAUGUACUUUGUUUGUGAUAGUUUAACAUUCUCAAAUAUUUUAAUAAAAAAGAAGGAAUAUUUACAUUAUCGCUAUGAGAAUAGUCAAAAUGUGGUAGAAAGGGCAAAAUUUCACAAAUUAAAGCUCUACUUGGAACACGAUACAUUCCACAAUGCUUUUUAUAUAAGCACUAUAACAGUACUGGGUUUCUUUAACAGGCCUACUUUUCUAGCUUUUGCAUUAUUUCCAGUAUUUUUUUGGCUGUACCGAGGAAUAGGCAGCAAAUGUGUCCUGUCAGUACAUUUCCAUCUCAGAAUUAUGGUUCUUGCCAUUUGUUCCAUUCCAACAUUCCUCAUUGUUAUUUUAAUUGACUCAUUUUUUUAUGGCUAUAUUACUUGGGGAGAGAUUGGAAUGUUGGAUAUCUCAAUAAACAGUUUUGUUUUUGCCCCCUUGAAUUUCUUGAAGUACAACAUGGAUCCAGAAAAUCUGUCAAUACAUGGAUUACAUCCAAAGUACUUGCAUAUUGUUGCCAAUAUUCCUGUAUUGUACAAUGUAUUAGGAAUAUGUGCCAUUGUGUCCCUGUUCAAAUAUGCAUACAUGAUUUAUAGAAGGAAACUUCAUCUUCUACCUUCAGUGAAAAGUAUAAAAGGAGUGAUGACCCUUUCCUGGCUGGCUCCAGUUAUUAUUUUAUCAUUCUUUCCACACCAAGAGCCAAGAUUUUUAGUACCAAUUAUUCUACCCUUGUCUUAUUUACAUGGCAACACAAUUCUAAAUGAACCACACAAUGUUAUAACAGAAAUUGACAAAAACAUGGUAAAACCAACAAUCAUCCCAAAACCUGAUAGCAACACUAUAUUUAAAAUUUGGGUGUUUGCUAAUUUGAUUUUGGGUUUAUUUUAUGGGUUUAUCCAUCAAGGAGGUAUUUUCCCAGCUACGUCUUUUAUAUAUAAAGAUUUGAAGAGAGUUAGCAUAACGACUGAAUAUCAUAUUGUAACUAGUCAUAUUUAUUCAUUACCUGAAUCAUUCCUCGUUCAAAAACCUACCGGUAAAAUCUACAAAGUGGGGAAAAAAUCCUUCACUUACAAUCGCCGAGUUUAUCUUGAAUCACACGGUUCAGAAGACUUGGAACAGCUUUAUCAAAAAAUUAAAAAUAUUAGAGCAAAUUUAGAUCAUCUUAGUACUAUAAAACCAAAGAAAAAGUUUAAAUUAUUUUUGUUAAUUUCUAGUAGUUUAACUGAUGAAAUUACACAAAUUUUUAGACGAAGUAACGAACUGUUUCUCUAUGAAAUAAAAACUUUUUAUCCACACUUUAGUAGUGAAGCCGUCCCUAAUUUAUGGACGUAUUGUUUAGAUACUCUUUCAUCUUUAUAUUCUAGUGAGUGUAAACCUUUGCCUUUUGUUGAAUAUUUUAAAAAGGUAUAUUCACAAUUUGGAUUGUCAUUAUUUGAAAUACUUGUGUAAUAUGACCAAUGAAAUAAAUUUUAUUACCACA